CGUCUGCUCUGUGAUCUUUGCUCUCGGUGAUGCUGCGCGCGGCCGGGCGGGCCGGGAACGCGCGCCGCGAGCCUGCACGAGGCGAGGCACCAGGUGUCGCGUGGACGCGGGUCCCGGGCAACCUCCCCUCAGCUCGGCUCGGCGGCGCAGGCCGCGGCGUCGGCUUGUUCAGGUGCAUCAUAACAACAUUGGUGAACUAUGUGAAUUCAACAAGUCAAGCAGUCCAACUGCAGCGUCGAGGCGAACUGGGGCUCCCGAUGUUAAAGCCCCCGGCGGGCGAUGAUGACUUGAACAAGUUGCAAAGUGAAACGAAUGAAGCUGAUAUCUUCAGUAUGAUUUUGAAAGCCAAUAAAGAACUAUUAGAAAGUACAGGAAAUAAAAAGAUUGAGCAUGGAGACAUCGUACUUGAUAAUUCUAGAAAUGCUAUGAUAUGUAGGCGUUCACCAAAAAGUUGUUUAUGGCCGUCUUCCGAAGAUAGGAAUGUUUAUGUACCAUAUAGACUCAGUAGAGACUACGAUAAUUCAGAAAGAAGAACAAUUAAAAGAUCUCUGCAUGAGAUUGCCACUUUCACGUGCGUAAAGUUUUACGAGCCUCGUAGACAUAAACGUGCCUUUGUUUCAGUUACCGCAGGAGCUGGAUGCUAUGCAAUUGUUGGAUUUACGGGACAACAACAGAUACUAUCACUCAACCAGCGAUCUUGCUUGUACUUUGGUAUAAUAGAACAUGAAUUUCUGCAUUCAAUCGGUUUUCAGCAUGAACACUGCAGGAGUGACCGUGACUCCUAUAUCAGGAUCUUAUGGCAAAAUGUUAUGAAAAAUCAAGCAUUUAAUUUUGAUAAACUGCGGACCAAUAAUCUUGGGACAAAAUAUGAUUAUACCUCAAUUAUGCACUAUGGCAGAUAUGCUUUUUCUAAAAAUAGGUUUCCUACUCUAGAACCAGUGGAUCCAAAUGCCAGAAUUGGACAAAUUCGAGGACUUACCACGCUGGAUGCUUAUAAGAUUAACAAAUUGUAUAAUUGUGAUGUAUGUGGACAGAUAUUAAACUCCAAAAUUGGAAGCAUAACUUCUCCAAAUUUCCCAGGACUUUAUCCCAACAAUUUGAACUGUAACUGGCUGAUUAGGAUAAUGGACCCUUACAAGAUUUUCUUAGAAUUUUCUGUAUUUAGGGUACAUGAAACUGGACAGUGCCACGAUCAUUUAACAAUUUACGACGGUGCCAAUGAACAUGCACAUAUUCUAGAUGGACCAACUUGUGGUGCAGAGAAUCCAGCUGUGAUAUCAAAGCGAAAUGAAUUAUUAAUUACGUUCUUUUCCAACUGGAGGUCACAAGCACCUGGUUUUGUUGCCGCUUACAAACUGACACAAUGUGGAAUUACGAAGAAAGGCAAAAUUGGGCGUGUUCAAAGUAUGUCUAGACUGUCCCUCCACAAUCGCUGCUUUUGGGUUGUGCUGAUUGAAAGAAACCAUCAGGUAGUCUUGCAACUGGAAAGUUUUACUAUUGAGGAGAGCCCAAACUGCACAAAAAGUAGUCUGACCAUUCAUGAUGCAGCCAGAACUCCUCCCACCAUUGCAGGAAUGUUCUGUGGAAAAAUGAAAUUACCAUUACUUUGGACAUCCUUUGGACGUACAGUUGUGAUAGAAUUUCACUAUACGCCAUCAGCAUAUAUUCGUCAAUUUAAAAUAAGAUACCACAGCAUUAAGAGUAAGUGUUCAAAAUACACAAGCUUAUAAAAAUCAAAGUGCUUUCACUUGUUUUUCCUGAAAUCACCCUUUCAAUAGUCUCCUCUUCUUUUUCUAAACUAUGUAAUUAUUUUUCACAAAUCUGUGUUUCCUGGUGGUGUUUAGAUUUUACAUGUACUAUAGCGGCACCAUACGUGGCGAAUAAAGGCGAGUCGUCAGGCCGGUUCAAAGAAUCAUUUAUUCGGUGGUAGUUGGUGCGCUAACUAUAAUACAAUGUUGUUGCAGCUGAGCGAGGUUGUUCCCUCAUGCUCAGCUGCCAGUUGUCUACUUAGGUCUCGUGGUGAGAGAGCUUUUGUAUCAGGACACUCCCUCCAGCCCAUGACGUCACAUGCCCGCCCUCUUAUCUCCUGACGAGGGUUCGAGCAUGAGUGGCCCUGUUUAGGCUGACGCCACAGGACCCCCCCCCCCCC